ACUGACACUGAACGGAACGCAUCAAAAUGCUGCCUCCAUGUCCCCAACCCCGGCCGGCAGCGGCCGCCCCCCUCCACGUCUUCGCCUCCCUCCACCACCACCGGCAGCCACCUCAACCCCUGCCCCACCACCGGACCCAGAGCAACCCCGUUGCCCCGCCGCCGGUCCACACGGUCCCACCGAUUAUUCAGGACAGAGCAAAGCUGGUCGAACUCUCCCUCAGCCUCAGGCGGACCCCUCAGUAUCCUGGCUCCAUCUCCACCUCCGUCCCCCCAUCCCCUCAUGACGCGUGGAGGCUGCUUGGUGACCAGGAUGACGAGGAGGAAGAGGUGAUAAUGCGCGCACUCGAGGCCCGCAGGAAGGCCGCCACCGAGAUAUUUAAGGAGACCGUGAGGAAAGAUGGCAAGUUCGGGAUCACUUACACGACAAAUUUGGCAGGUCGGGUGCCCGGCUUCAUUGAUUACGUGAUGAUCGAGGCGGCGGCUCUGAAGCGGUUGCCAGAGUUCGCGGAGUCGUCGUACGAAUCUCGGGCUAAAGCUGUCGUCCGAGACUCCAGAGUUACCCCCUUAAUAAGGUGGUUGAAGCACAAUUCUCUUUCCUACCCCCAGAUAGGGAAGCUAAUAUGCAUGUCGAAAGGAAACCUCGAGCGUAUAACACGUGUUGCUGAGUGGCUCAAGUCUAUUCACGUGAAGGGGAGAUUUCUGGGGGUCGCGCUUCUGAGGUCGGGAGAUAAUAUCCUGGAACGUAGCAUCGAUGAGCUGGAAGAAAUUGUCGGGUACUUGGAGAGUCAUGGAGUCAGAAGAGAAUGGAUGGGCUAUGUUAUGAGCCGGUGUCCUGAGCUUCUUUGUUAUAGCAUGGAAGAAGUAAGGUCCCGUGUUGGGUUUUACUUGGAUAUGGGAAUGAAUGAAAAGGAUUUUGGCACUAUGAUUUACGAUUAUCCUAAGGCACUGGGUUACUACACGCUGGAAGAGAUGAACCAGAAGGUAAAUUACCUGAAGGAGUUUGGUCUCAGUACCGAUUCUGUCGGCAAAUUGCUGGCAUUUAAACCACAGUUGAUGGCUUGUAGCAUUGAGGACCGAUGGAAGCCUCUGGUAAAAUACCUCUACUACCUUGGAAUUAAUCGAGAUGGUAUGAGGAGAAUGCUUGUCAUAAAACCAAUGGUAUUUUGCGUGGACUUGGAGACGGUAAUCGCCCCAAAGGUGCGGUUUUUCCAGGACAUUGGCAUUCGAAAUGAUGCAAUCGGCAAUAUGUUGGCAAAGUUCCCACCAUUGUUGACAUACAGCCUUUACAAGAAAAUACGACCAGUGGUCAUUUUCUUAAUGACAAAAGCUGGAGUUAGUAAACAAGAUAUUGCGAAAGUAGUAGCUUCGGGACCUGAGCUCUUAGGUUGCAGCAUUGUCCACAAGCUCGAUCUCAAUGUAAAGUAUUUCUUGUCACUAGGCAUCAGGCUCCCACAACUGGGGGAGAUGAUCGCCGAUUUCCCGAUGCUGCUUCGGUACAACGUAGAGCUCCUCCGACCAAAGUACCAAUACUUGAGAAGAACUAUGGUGCGACCUUUGCGAGAUGUUAUCGAAUUUCCGAGGUUUUUCAGCUAUUCUCUUGAGGGCCGUAUAAUUCCGCGGCACAAGGUCAUGGUUGAGAAUCGAGUCAACUUCAAGCUACGGUACAUGUUAACACCCACAGACGAGGAGUUUGAUCAGAGGGUUAAGGCUGCAGUUGAAAGGCGUCAACAGUUUGAGACUGGUGUUUCAUCCCAUGGUCUCCAGAGCCCUCAAACAACGGAUGAGCGCGGUGUUGAUGAUGGUACCGGACUCUCUCAUCACGAUCUUGCAUCCUCAGAAACGCUUGAAACAGCUACCGGAACAGACUUUGAGAGCUGUACAUUCAAUUAGAUCCACUUUUUCUGUCUGUACAACGUCCUAUUCUAUUCUUUUAUUUUGAGCUAUGUGCAUAGAAAAUGUCCGUAAGCUGAAGAUUACAGAACGAAAGUGUAUUCUUGAGUUUGUAAAUGAGCAUACAAGAUUGUGAAUAUAUCUAUAUUGCAACAAAGAUUACUAGAUGGGCCGGGUCUUAUUA